CCCACGUGACUCCAGGAAGGCGGAGACUGGAGAGCUGGAAAGAGGGCUGACAGGCCGCUUGGAGGCAGGUGGGGAGAGGGGCGAACUGAAUAAUUGAGGAGCUGUUCAGCAGCAGCGGCUGCCUCCUGCCUUCCUUUGCCACCACCACUCCGCAUCACAGUAGGAGAGACAGACUCUGGAGCUGUAAGUGGAGACGGCUAGCCACCAGUCCCUGCAGCCAGUUAAUCGCUCCAGCCCUCCGACAUUCAUGCCCAGGAGAAGGCUGCUUUGGGUCCCUCUGGACCUUUUCUAAAAAGGAGAUCCCUAUUCACUACAUGAGUUCCAGAAGCAUCCACUAAGGCUCCCAUAGAACCUCUUCCAUCAGUUGACCUUCGCCGUAACCCCUAUCACGCAGAAUGAGUGGCUUCCUUGCCUCCCUGGACCCCCGGCGGGUGCAGUGGGGGGCUGCCUGGUACGCCAUGCACUCCAGAAUCUUGCGCACCAAACCAGUGGAGUCCAUGCUGGAGGGAACAGGGGCCACCACGGCCCAUGGCACCAAGCUAGCCCAGGUGCUCACCACCAUGGACCUCAUCUCACUUGGCGUCGGCAGCUGCGUGGGCACGGGGAUGUACGUGGUGUCUGGUCUGGUGGCCAAGGAAAUGGCAGGACCUGGUGUCAUCGUGUCCUUCAUCAUUGCAGCCGUGGCAUCCAUAUUAUCAGGCGUCUGCUACGCAGAGUUCGGAGUCCGCGUCCCCAAGACCACGGGGUCAGCCUACACCUACAGCUAUGUCACUGUGGGGGAAUUUGUGGCGUUCUUCAUUGGCUGGAACCUGAUCCUGGAGUAUCUGAUUGGCACCGCGGCUGGCGCCAGUGCUCUGAGCAGCAUGUUCGACUCGUUAGCAAACCACACCAUCAGCCGCUGGAUGGUAGACAGCGUGGGAACUCUCAACGGCCUGGGGAAAGGUGAGGAGUCAUACCCCGACCUUCUGGCUCUAGUGAUUGCGAUCAUCGUCACCAUUAUUGUUGCGCUGGGGGUCAAGAAUUCCGUGGGCUUCAACAACGUCCUCAACGUGCUGAACCUGGCAGUCUGGGUGUUCAUCAUGAUCGCCGGCCUCUUCUUCGUCAACGGGCAAUACUGGGCUGAGGGCCAGUUCUUGCCCCAUGGCUGGUCAGGGGUGCUGCAAGGAGCAGCCACGUGUUUCUAUGCUUUCAUUGGCUUUGACAUCAUCGCCACCACUGGAGAGGAAGCCAAGAAUCCAAACACAUCCAUCCCUUAUGCAAUCACCGCCUCCCUGGUCAUCUGCCUCACAGCAUAUGUAUCUGUGAGCAUGAUCUUAACUCUGAUGGUGCCAUGCAAUGCCAUCGACACAGAAUCCCCGCUCAUGGAGAUGUUUGUGGCUCAUGGGUUCUAUGCUGCAAAAUUCGUAGUAGCCAUUGGGUCCGUUGCGGGACUGACCGUCAGCUUGCUGGGCUCCCUCUUCCCAAUGCCAAGGGUCAUUUAUGCCAUGGCUGGUGAUGGGCUCCUUUUCAGGUUCCUGGCUCACGUGAGCUCCUACACAGAGACGCCAGUGGUGGCCUGCAUCGUGUCAGGGUUCCUGGCAGCUCUCCUCUCGCUGUUAGUCAGCCUGAGAGACCUGAUAGAGAUGAUGUCCAUUGGCACACUCCUUGCCUACACCUUGGUUUCUGUCUGCGUCUUGCUUCUUCGAUACCAACCAGAGAGUGACAUUGAUGGUUUUGUCAAGUUCUUGUCCCAGGAACACACAAAGAAGAAGGAGGGCAUCCUGGCAGACUGUGAGAAGGAAGUUUGUUCUCCUGUGAGUGAAGGGGAAGAGUUUUCUGGCCCAGCCACCAACACGUGUGGGGCCAAAAACCUACCAUCUCUGGGAGACAAUGAGAUGCUCAUAGGCAAAUCGGACAAGUCAACCUACAACGUGAACCACCCCAACUACGGCACUGUGGACGUGACCACAGGCAUAGAAGCUGAUGAAUCUGAAAACAUUUAUCUCAUCAAGUUAAAGAAGCUGAUUGGGCCCCGUUACUACACCAUGAGGAUCCGGCUGGGCCUUCCAGGCAAGAUGGACCGGCCCACGGCUGCUACAGGGCACACGGUGACCACCUGCGUGCUUCUGCUCUUCAUCCUCACGCUCGUCUUCUGCUCCUUCGUCGUCUUUGGUUCCGACUACAUCUCAGAGCAGAGCUGGUGGGCCAUCCUCCUGGUCGUUCUGAUGGUGCUGCUGAUCAGCGCCCUGGUGUUCGUGAUCCUGCAGCAGCCAGAGAACCCCAAAAAGCUGCCCUAUAUGGCCCCCUGCCUCCCCUUCGUGCCUGCCUUUGCCAUGCUGGUGAACAUUUACCUCAUGCUAAAGCUCUCCACCAUCACGUGGAUCCGGUUCGCAGUCUGGUGCUUCGUGGGUAUGCUCAUUUACUUCGGGUAUGGCAUCUGGAACAGCACCCUGGAAAUCAGCGCCCGAGAAGAAGCCCUGCACCAAAGCACGUACCAGCGCUACGACGUGGAUGACCCUUUCUCGGCGGAGGAGGGUUUCUCCUACGCCACGGAAGGCGAGAGCCAGGAGAACUGGGGCGGGCCGGCCGAAGACAAAGGCUUCUAUUACCAGCAGAUGUCAGAGGCGAAGGCCAGCACCCGGACAAGUAGCAAAGCGAAGGGCAAAAGCAAACACAAACAGAACUCAGAGGCCCUGAUUGCAAAUGAUGAGUUAGAUUACUCUCCAGAGUAGGAGUAAACGCACAGGAAACGUGUAGAAGCGGUGGUGAUUUCUUUUCAGUAACUUAACCCGUGGGCUAGAGGGUGAAAACAUUUUUGGCUCUCAUUUCAAAAGUCCAGCCUUCCCCCAGAGUCAGUCCCCAGUCAUAGCCUGUCAUUUGCUACUUUCGCUCUGCAGGAUAGUUCUGUCGAAGGGUUUAACCUGGGUUUCAUCACAGAUCCCCUUGUAAAAAAAAAAAAAAAAAAAAAAAAAAAAAACCCUAAACCAGCGGCUGCAAGAAACUCUGUCUACCAUCAGAGCUGAUGGCAGCAAAUGUCUCCUGGCCUUUGCGUUGCUGGUUGAAUCCUUUUGCUUCUUACGGAGACCCCAGGAGCAAGGGGCUCACUUUUGGGGCCACACUGAGGCUGCAUCUCCUCCCAGAGAUAUGCCAAAGCAGGGGGGGUGUGGGCACGAGGCAGCAUUCCCACCACCGGGACCACACAGGCAAAGAUGCUCCGAGCACGCCCUGCUGAGAGCUGCUCCCGGAGGACGUGGGCAGGUGGACAUUGGCACUUCCUCAGCAAGCAGCGCUGGGUCCAGAAAUCUCACAAAAACGACUUCAUGCAGGAGACACAUGCUUCUGUUUAUUCACCAAGGUUCUCACAGUCUCCAAACUAUAACUUUAGGGUCCAGCAAAGGUUAGGGACUCUGAGCCAUUUCCCCAGGGGUCUCAGAUCUACCAUAAAGCAGUCUCGCAGACCCAACAAUAUGGUAAGAAGCACCAUCAAAGCGUUACUUCAAUGCCCAGAAAAAAAUUAAAUAACCAUCUCUUGCCGUGAAGGCCGGAAGGGCACUGGCAGAAAUUAACUCUCUGUCAUACCUUUCCUUUUACCAGCCUCUAAGCUCCUGCUGAGAAAAUGAAAAGGGGCAAAGCUGGAGCAUGAUUUCAUGGCAUUAAUAUGCCUUGAAGAAGCAGGCCGUUUGUUUUCUAAUUAGAUAAAAAUCUUUACAAGGAGAAGUGACCCAGCCACUGAGAUCGCAUUGCAAACUCUAUUUCAGAUUUCCAAAAUUAUACAUUGUGUAGUUUGUUGAGAUUUGCCACCCCUGGAGCGGUGGGGGCUCCUCUGAAAACGUAACCGUGGAAGCUCAGCUACUUAGGUCAUGGCAUUCCGAGAGAUCACGUUGCACUUCGGAACCUUACUCUUCCCGAGUAGCUCGCUUUCAGAUACGUGUUUUGUCUGUUAUUUCCCAGGGCAGGUCACUGAAGCCCAGAGAAAUACCCACCCGGUAAGGUCUCCAUCGGGCCCUACGAGGGGCUCUUAAAGGCAUUUUCUCAGAAAUAACCUAGAUGACAGAAUGUGCGGCAGGAAAAUCACAUGGCUUAUCAAUUCUACUCUUGGGUCCCGUGGAUUCCCGCGGCUGCCCUGACAUGUGCACUGGAGAACGUGGAGGCACAGUUUCCAUCCAGCUAUAGUCUUUGUGGGGGUUUCCUGAAAGGGAGGCAACAUAGCAAAUUUCUUGCCCUCUCCC